ACGAGCUCCUGCUGUUCCAGAAACAGUCGCAGAAGAAGAAGAUAAGGCAAGUGCAAGCUCAGGAAUUACUAUUUUUUAAGGGAAAUCAAAAGCUGCGCUGCUCCCCUCCCCUCCCCUCCCUUCCCCUGCCCUCACACACUCACAGUUUGAGUGAUAAACUUGUUCAUGUCCUGCUUUCAAGCCUCGGCGAGGCCAGCACAAUCCAGGCUCUCCAGUUAAUCUUCAACCCCCUCACGGCCUUCCACACUGCACCAUUCGAGUCCUUUGCUCAUGUCUUCUAAUCCGAUAUGGAAAUGGCUACCUCUCAAAAUGGUAAUAGCAGCCUCCUCUGGUUCUUCAGGGAUAGAGGUUUUGAUGAUAACACCAUCCAUGAAAUGUUCCGCAAGUGCAAGCGGCUGCAAGACACCCAGAGGGAUAGGGCAUCUGAAAACUGGGCUUACCUGAAAACCAUUGGCAUUCAAGAGAGAAAGCUCCCUUCAAUUAUUUCAAAGUGUCCCAAAAUACUUACUCUUGGUCUCAAUGAGAAGCUCAUCCCCAUGGUUGAGUGUCUGGCUACCCUCGGUUCUAAACCUCGUGAAGUUGCUUCCGCCAUUACCAAGUUCCCUCACAUACUGUCUCAUAGUGUUGAAGAGAAGCUCUGCCCCCUUUUGGCAUUCUUUCAGGCAAUAGGGGUCCCUGAAAAGCAACUCGGCAGGAUUUUAUUGCUCAACCCAAGGCUCGUCAGCUACAGCAUUGAUUCCAAGCUCAAAGAAAUUGUUGAUUUUCUCACUUCUCUUGGCCUUACCAAAGAUGGGAUGAUUGGUAAAGUCUUGGUGAAACACCCCUUUAUAACAGGUUAUAGCGUUGAAAAGAGGCUACGCCCCACUUCAGAUUUUCUCAAGUCAGUUGGACUGACAGAGCUGGAUCUUCAAACGGUGGUCAUGAACUUCCCCGAAGUUCUUUGUAGAGAUGUCAACAAGAUUCUGAAACCCAAUUUUGCUUAUCUAAGGAGAUGUGGAUUUAAUGAUAGACAAAUUGCAGCUUUGGUGACUGGUUAUCCCCCUAUUUUGAUAAAGAGUAUCAAGAAUUCACUGGAACCUCAUAUCAAGUUCUUGGUGGAAGUAAUGGGAAGGCAAAUAGAUGAAGUUGUUGAUUACCCCAACUUCUUUCAGCAUGGUUUGAAGAAGACCUUGGAGUCAAGGCACAAACUUUUGAAACAGAGGAAACUAGAUUGUAGCUUGAGCGAUAUGCUAGGUUGUAAUCAAAAGAAGUUCCUGAUGAAGUAUGCCUUGCUUCAAGGAUCUGCCUGAGAUAUUUGUUUAUUCUUGCACUCUAGUUGAACUUCAUCUUUAGACCGAAUUCAACUCUUAUGAGGAUGCAGAUCAAUGGGAACUCGAUUUUUUUUCCAUUCGUUUGAAAUUUACUAAAACAGGACGUGUAUUUGUUAAUGAUCUGAUCCAGCAUUAUCAAUUUUAAUCAAUUCAGGCACAUC